AUGGUGAAGAGUGAUCAUGCGGAGAGGUUACGAGUAAAACUAGGGUUUGAAGGGGUGUUUUACGUGGAUCCUGUACGGCAGCGUGGUGGUUUGGCAUUAUUAUGGAGGUAUAAUAACACUGCAAGGUUGAUUAGUUACUCUAAAAAUCAUGUGGAUGUGGAGGUCACGUUAGAAAGUCACCCUUCGUGGCGAAUGACGUGUUAUUAUGGGCAUGCACAAAGAACCAGGAGGCGGGAGUCAUGGGAUUUUUUAAAGAGGUUAUCAACGCAAUCCACACUACCAUGGGUUGUAAUUGGUGACUUUAAUGAUCUUUUAUUCCAAUCUGAGAAGUGGGGAAAUAAUCCACAUCCGGAAAGUUUGCUACGAGGUUUUGGGGAAACACUAGAUAUAUGUGGUUUACUGCAGUUGCCUAUGGAGGGAUACCCAUACACCUGGGAAAGGGGUGAGGGUACGGGGGACUGGGUUGAGGAAAAGCUAGAUAGAGCAGUAGCAACUAUGGAGUGGCGUGAGCUAUUGGUGGAAGCUAAGACAGUUAAUAUACUCACGCGUAAGUCAGAUCACUCUGCGAUAUUUCUGAGUAUUUCUAAUCCUAUGGGUUUUGGUGGAGGUGGUCGCCGGGCGUUUCGUUUUGAAAUGGUUUGGCUUCUGGAUUCUGGCUGUAGAGGAGUGGUGGAGCAGGCAUUGCUUGAUGGGCAGGGGAGUGGGCUGCUGAAUAACCUACAAUUGUGUAAGGAGCGUUUGCAGGCCUGGGGUGGAGAUAGGUUUCAUAUGUUUGGUAAGCAGUUGAAACUCUUGCGUGCAAAACUGAUGAGACUAAAAGGAGGCAGAGACCCAGCAGUGCUAGCUGAGUACAAUACAAUCAGUGCUCAGUUGUCCCGUUUGGAGGCGCAGGAGGAUAUCUAUUGGCGACAAAGGGCAAAGCAACACUGGCUCCGUGGGGCAGAUGCAAACACCAGAUUUUAUCAUAGGUAUGCUUCAUCUCGUAAACGGAAAAAUUAUCUGACUAGAUUAAAAGGGGUGGAUGGAAACUGGGUUACUAAGGGUGCUAUGAAUGCUGUUUUUAUUGAUUAUUUUGUUGAUAUUUUUAAGCCAUCUAAUGCCCCGACCCAUAGUACUUUCUUUAGUACGGUGCCCCCUCGUGUGUCUGAAUUGCAUAAUGACUCUUUGUUGAAACCAUUUGUGGCGGAGGAGGUCAAAGAAGCUUUAUUUGCUAUGUUUCCGGAUAAGGCGCCUGGGCCGGAUGGAAUGAAUCCAGGCUUUUAUCAGCACUUCUGGGGUGUUGUGGGAGCUGAGGUGACAGAUUUUGUGCUCAAUUGUCUGAAUACGGGUGUUUUCCCAGAGGGAUUAAAUGAUUCUAAUGUUGUCUUAAUCCCAAAAAAGAAGGUCCCUGAGAGCCCUGCAGAUUUGAGGCCAAUUGCGUUAAGCAAUGUGGUCUAUAAGAUUAUGGCUAAAAUGAUAGCGAACCGGAUGAGGCCGUUUAUGGAUAUUAUUAUUUCAUAA